GACGAGCCAUCCCCAUGAUUGUAAAAUCUGCGAUAGCAGCAACUGCUGUCGCGACGAACGUAAAAUGCGGUCUCUGUCGUAAACUACUGGUAUACGUCUGAAAAACAACAAAAACUGGCUGGAUUUUAAGUUGUUAUAUUUGCAGUGACAUCGACGUUUAUCGAGGCAAUGGCCGCGUCUUCUUCGUCCUCUUCUGCGGGAGGAGUGAGCGGCAGCUCCGUGACUGGCUCCGGGUUCAGUGCUUCCGAGCUCAUCCCACCAAGGAAAGUCCUCUAUACGUAUCCAAAAGGCGCAGGGGAAAUGAUGGAAGAUGGCUCUGACAGAUUUUUAUGCGAGUCUGUAUUCAGCUACCAAGUGGCCUCAACACUGAAACAGGUUAAACAUGAUCAGCAAGUGUCUCGAAUGGAGAAACUCGCAAGCUUGGUGGAGGAGCUAGAAGCAGACGAGUGGCGGUAUAAACCUAUUGAACAGCUACUGGGAUUCACACCAUCUUAAAUAAAGAGAUUCAGAUGUCUUUUGCUUAUUUAAUCAGCCAAAUAGAAGGAAAAUGUAACCUUUUUUUUUUUUUUUUCAAGUUACAAAUGAUAUUCCUUCUGUAUUCUGUAUCAUAAGUUUAAAAGUGUUACCUGGAGAUCCCAAAUGUGAGA